ACUUUAAGUAAAACAUGUGAACACUGGCUCUUUAAAUGGGGGCGGUCACUUCUCCAGACUUUCUACUUCCUGUGCUCUGAAAAUGAAACCUGCAAAAAAAAAAAAAAAAAAAAAACACCCAGCAUGUAGGCUGUUGAUUACACAUACACAUAGCAGCUGGUUUGCUCGGUUUGUCUACAUUCUUAGCGAUUCUGCAUUGUGGGUGGACCUUUUUUAUAGGCCUUGUGUUAAAAAGAUUUUAAAUAAAACAACAAAACCCUUCUGUCUUCAGUGUGGAUGACAGCUUCCUAUCAAAAGACACACAGAAUUGAUUGCUGGCUACUAUGGUUCGAAGAUCCCGGAGAGAGAAGCUAGUGCACAUAAAACAGGGAAUAGUCUGCAGUGAAAAUGUACAGCUGCAGAAUCGGUGUACUACAAAUGGGAAAACAGAGCAGCGCUGUGGAGAUCAUGGACGGAGACUGGAGUUGUUCUGUCAGGAGGAUGAGGCCUUUGUUUGCACACUGUGUGUUCCUAAACAUUCCAGCCACAGUUUUGUACUGUUACAUGAUGUAGUCACUCUGUAUAAGGACAAAUUGGAAACUGCUUUAACAUCCCUAGAAUUCCAACUGAAAGAUCUUAAUCAUUUGCAGGAACGACAGAAGAAAAUCAAAGGCAUACAAGAGGAUGCAUUUACUUUGGAACAGUACAUUAAAAAAGAAUUUGCAAAACUGUACCAGUUUCUCCAAAACAAGGAAGAGAAUCUCAUCCAGCAGCUCAAGAAUGAAGAAGAAAACAUUCUGAGCGAAACAGAAGAACAUCCUGAGUGCAUUAAACAUGAUGCUGUUGCCUCUCACGUGGCAGUGUUUGAUGGUAACUUGCAGCUCAAGACUAAGCAGCCAGCGAUUCUGAAAGAGUUGGAGGAAAGUUUUGAAUGGAUUGAAAAUUACGGUGUGGGUGUUCAAGAGACGCAUGACCGUAGUAUAGAACUUGGACAACUGGAUUCUGUUGGUUUGCUAACAGCACCAGAAACCUUUGAGGAUGUUGCUGUCAGCUUCUCAGAAGAGGAGUGGAAGACGUUGAGACAGACUGAUAAAGAGCUUUACAGAGAAGUAAUGGUACAGAACUAUAAAGCAUUGAUUUCAGUAGGAUACAGAAUACCUCCAAGUAAGUUACUGUUGCUACUGAAAACAGAUGACACACUAUUAACAUUAGAAGUGGAAGGAAAAACUACCACAGAACAGAAUGAUAAUUUUGAAGAUAAUUCCCAUGGUACUGGAUGCUCAGAUUCCCAUGUGAGCCACAUUCAGCAGCCGUCACCUGGGACUCCCCCAUUAGAUCAUCCAGCAGAAAACCAACAGCAGUGUGUUCAGCCUAUAAAGGAUUACAGCAAGCAUCAUCCCUCUCCUGCACUGCAAUUACCAUCAGAGCAUCAUUUCUCCAAGGGCUCUGAAUCUGACAAAGAAACACCUUUGCAUCACCCAGAAGGGAACUUGCAGCAGUGUCCUGAGCCUAUGAAGGGCUCUGACAAGUGUCAGCUCACUCCUGUAGCCCUCAAUAAGAGUUUUGAAUAUGAUAAUGGCACACCCCAGUUACAUCCCACAGCAGAUAACCCACAGCAGUGUGUGAAUGCUUUGAAGGGAUCUGACAGGCCUCAUCUCAAAUCUGUACCAGACUUUCACUCAGGACAGACCUGCCGCAAGAGCUCUGAAUGUGAGAAUCAAACACUCCGGUUGGAUCACUCUACAAAGAACAUGCAGCAGUGUGCUCAUCCUGUGAAGGGUUCUGACAAGCUCCAACUCCCUCCUGUAUCUAAGCUUCGCUCAGGACACAGCUACAAGAAGACAUCUGAAUAUGGCACAAGUCACAGAGCUCGCACAGAGAAGAAACCAUACAAAUGUACUGAAUGCACAAAGAGCUUCACACGUCUCUAUACUCUUAGAAAUCACCGUUCCAUUCACACAGGAGAGAAACUGUAUAAAUGUAGUGAAUGCACUAAGUUUUUUACGCGAAGCUUUUUACUAAAACGUCAUCAGGAGUGUCACACGAGGAAUAAACCAUUUAAAUGUCCUGAAUGCAGUAGUUGCUUUGCACGACUUAGUACACUUCAAGCUCAUUCUGUUAUUCACACAGGAGAGAAACCAUUUAAAUGUGUUGAAUGUAGUAAGUACUUCUCACGUCGCAGUAGUCUUUAUAGGCAUCGUGCCAUUCACUCAGGAGCGAAGCCAUACAAAUGCACUGAAUGUGGUAAGAGUUUCUCACGUCUCUGGACUCUUCAAGAACAUUGUUCUACUCAUGUAAUAAACAAACCACUUAAAUGUACAGAGUGCAAUAAGACUUUCAAACGCCUUCGCAGUCUUCGUGAGCAUCUUACCAUUCACUCAGGAGACAAAAAACAUGAAUGCUCCGAAUGCCAUAAGUGCUUCUUGCGUGCUUCCACUCUUCAAAAGCAUUCUGCCAUUCACACAGGGGAGAAGCCAUAUAAGUGUACUGAGUGCAGUAAAUGUUUUGUAUAUGUCAGGAGUCUUCAGUACCAUCUUGCUGCUCACACAAGAGUCAAACCACUUAAAUGUACUGAAUGCAAUAAGUGCUUUGAGCUACACAGUAGUCUUCGUCAGCAUCUUGCUAUUCACAGAGAGAGACCAUACAAAUGUGCUGAAUGUGGCAAGUGCUUUACACGGAAAAAUCUACUACAAUACCACCAGAAUUCUCACAGAGGAGCAUAUAAAUGUGACAAAUGUAGUAAGAGCUUCUCACGUCCAUCUAACCUUAAGAAACAUAAUGCUGUUCACAAAAAGGGAGAAAUGAAAUCGGCAAGCGAAGGACAGUAACACUGUGGGAAAAGAAGUUUUCUCCAAGUCUUGUUGAGUACCUUAAUGUGAUGGACCCUUAUAUUUUCUUCUUUUCUUCAAACUCUCAACAAAAUAACACUGAUAUAGUGUUUUAUAUAUCAUGGAGAAAGGUGGAACAUACGCACAUCAAAAAAAAAGAAAAAUGGUCACACAGGUUCCCGCAUAUACAGUGCCCACUUCUGGAAUAGCCAGUACUGCUAUGAAUGGAAAAAGGCAGUGUAAUUCAUACAAGGUUAGGUCACUCUGUGAGUGGCAUCCUUGCAGUAGAAGGAAGAAGCUGUCCACAAGAACAAAAAUGGGCCAUGCAAGAGUCAUAGAGAUAAAGUAGGCUGUUGAGGAUAAGAAAGAGAUUAUGUAUUGUUUUAUUGUUUCUAUUAUAUAGCAAACCUAGAGUUUCCACACUCAGUAUAUAUAAUUUCAGCAAGAAAAAUAAAUACUUCCAGAAGAAAAACUGUUAAGAGCAACAGAUAAAUGUUUAAUUCAACAAAUCAGAACAAACAUUACCUAAACAAAGAUUUGGCUAUGUGGAAUAAGAUGUGACUGAGGAAGCACUACAAUUAGGUUAUAAAAAGUUAUAAAAAAGCACAGAGUUAAAAAAUAAACAGAUCUGAUUUGGCGUACUACUUAAGCGGAGAAUAAAUCCAUAAUACUCAGUAUGAAAAAUAGACCUCCAAAGGUAUUUUAAGAGAAAUACAGGCAAAGACAAAUAGCUAUUGUCAGUUUUACAAUAAUAACAAUAAGAACACAAAAGUGGAGUGUAAUGAAAAAAUAAGUUUAGUGAUGCAGGAAAGAAAGAAAAACUGAAAUGAUAGACCACCUGAGAAGUGAGGGAUUUAGUGUAGAUACAACAUGGGUCAAUGAGUCCCCAUUUUAUGGUACAGCAGAGGGAGCAGGAUGCAUUUGGAAAAAAGAUACCACAGAGUGAUUUUUUGGAUCCUUGUGUAGGAGAUUUGCAUAAAAGUCUAGGUAGAAGUGCAUAGCAAGGGAAAGAUCAGGAAAGAUGGGUGAAGAUGCUCUCUUAAGAAAAAAAAAUGACCUACAGGAAGACCUUCAUUUAAUAGAAAUGGAUACAUACAUAUAUUACAAUAGAUGAGAAGUUAAGAAAGUGAAUAGGACCCAAACUUUAGGAGACUGGUAAACCAAAUGAAUAUGGCUUAUGGUGAUCUAACAGAGUAAAUAGGAUAUACUACUGUGGAGCAAAAUUAAUAAUAGGGUUACCACGAAAAUGCAAAGAGAUAAAGGAAGAAAAGGAUUAGAAUGCCACCGUAGAAAUAUCAAAUGUUGAAACGGCUAAGACGAGACGUAUCAUUGUGAGAAGAAUAGAGAAAAGGGAAUAAGAAAAAGUCUUAGAUGUGAUAAAAGCAACACAACAUCAAAACAGAUUAGGAUUUAUCAAAACAGAUUAGGAUUUACCAUACUCUCUCCAGUAAUAAACUAAAGUAUCAGCACAAGUAGAAAAACUUAAAAGUAAUACAUACAAAUAUCAAGGGAGAGUACAAAACAAGCAAUCAAUGAUGCCAAAAAAGGUUUUUACAGAGAAUUGGGAAAGAAAGCAAAAGUAAUUAUACCACCUGAAAAUGAAAAAAUCUGUCCAUUUUGGAGACGUAGUUAUGAAAUCCAUAUUGAGCAUAACAAAUAUGGCAAAUUGAUAAGCGUUAAAAGCAGCUAUAAUGUAGAGGGUAUGAAAUGGAAUGAAGCAACUGAAACUGAGGUCAAAAUAAACAAAAAGGCUCCUAACUGGAACACUUGUGGUCCAAAUGCAGUAUCCAACUUUUAGCUAAAGUUAUUCACAUCUUCACCUGAACUCAGAGUCAAAAAAUGAUUUACUGUGAUUAUGGAACACUUCAGAUCUAUAAAAUAUACCCUACACUGAUAAAUUACAUAUCAGUCAAUAUGAAAAAAAUGUCAAACUACUUUAUAAAUGAGUUAUGAAAAGGGCAAAUUUCUAUCUGAAAGAAACAUAUUGUGGAGUGAUUUUUUUCAACAGUGCUAGUUUGUCUUGUGCUUAACACCUUAAUAUUUUUACUUCAUAGACCAGACAAUGCCUACAGCUUCACUUCCAGAAUCCAGUCUUAUGUAGUCACAUCUCAUCUGCUUUUUAUGGCUGAAAAAACUGAAUUCUAUCCCUCAAGCAAGUGAAAGCACAACUACAACUGGUUAAAACUUAUUCUGAUCAUGUAAGAGUGACACUUGGUGUUAAAUGUUCAAAAGCAACAUUUACAGUGAGAAAACUAAAGCAUUGAGAGAAUAGAUGAAUGGCCAACAAUAAAGAAUGAAAAAAAUGAACCAAAUUUAAUAAUGAGUAUUUUAGACUAACGCUAAUCUUGAAAGCACUUUGACAUUUAGGACUAAAGGUCAAGCUACAAGUCAAUGUUUCCUGUUCUAACUUAACAGCUUUGGUGUGAUUUACUGGCCCGAAAAAAAAAACUGGAUUUGUUGGAAUAAAAAACAAGAAAAGUGCUUCAUGUUUGCUAGAUGAUAUAUUAAAAAUAAUGAAUAGAAAAUGUUUAUAUUCCUUGGUCUGAAAGAGCUGUGGUGGGUCUCCUUGAAACUGAUUGUAUGUCUGUCUGUAGUCAUGGGACUGCAUAAAUAUUGAUAUCAGGUCCAAGUGUAGUUAAAGUUCUAAACUCAUGAAUAAAAUCUUAAAAUGACAUAUUUUACUCAGAUCUGCAUAACUUCCUCAGGAAGGAGUAAGAACGGAGGUCAGAAGUAGACAUAAAUGCAAGAAAAAAGAGCAAUAAAUGAAAGGAUGUAAAGAACAUGGCCAGAAAAUUGGAAAUCCCACUACUACAGUGGCAAAUAUAGAAUGUCUUACAGUCACCUGACAUCAAGAUCUGACACAAGAGACCUGAAUUUAAACCAAAAGAUAACAGUUAAUAAUAGCAGAUAAAGAUGUUGAUUUGUGUGCAUGUUUGAUAAAAGUCUGUACAAAAAGUGGGAGAUGCAGGCAAAUAUAGGUUCUGUUGUACAGAACUAGGAGCAGUUCCAUAACUUGUUGCUGCUUGUGAUAUAUUCAUUGCUGAGGGUAUUUAUACUGAAUUGUACUGUAAUAUUGCAAAGCUAUUGCAUUGGAGAUUGUGCAAACACUACAAUGUACAAGUAUCUGAGAAGCAUUAGAAACACAAACCACAAAUAAUUAUUGAAAAUCAGUAUGUAAUGACAUGGGAUUACCCAAUACCAACAGUUGAGAAAGUAGAAACAAGGAAACCAGAUAAUGUGUUAAAAAAAUGACAAAAGUAAAUAAAUGAAAUAGCUACACAAAGCUAUAAUUGUGUCCUGCAUACUGAGACACAAAAAUUAGUAAAAUAACCAGUAUGUGCAAGCAGCACUAUAGCAAUAUGGGAUAAAAGUACCCAUAUAGUUCCAAUCAUUGUAGGAGAAAUAGACUUAAUUAAAGAAUUUUCAAGCAUACUUAACUAUGCAAUCAUUAGAUGUAACUCCAUAUAAACUGCAGAUGGAGGCAGUUGUUCCCACACUGCAGGUGCUGAAAAGAUUACAUUUGUCAAACAUCAAAGACUGAAGCAAUGCUAAUCUCACGAAGUAUCAUGUUUUAGAAAUGGAAUCCAAUCCUGUCACAGUAAUGAAACCCUAAACAGUAGGAGAAAUUCAAAAAGAGCGAAAAAUAUAAAUGUGUUGUAUAUAAAAUACACACUGCAAAUAUCAGAACUCUCACACAGCAUCCAAAUGAAGAGACAGGACCAGAAAUAGAGUGGUUCUGGAUAGAGAAAUCAAACUAGCAAGAAAAGAAGAAAAUUAAUUCUCAAGCUAUGGUGCAUACCUAAACGUGGUUAACCCUAUUGAUAUAGACAUUUAUUCUAUAUGUAGCAUGGAAAAGGAUGACUAAAAAAAAAAGAUUGGGUGCACAGGUCCCAGGAUAAAAGUGCUUAUACUAAUAUAGGUACUAGUGCCAGGACUGGAAAAAGACUGUGCAGCUUCCACUGGAGGUGGAAAUGCUCCUACACCAGGAUUAGGCCAUGCUUCAAGCUGCCCAGUUGUGGCAGAUGAAAUUAGUAACCCACAAAAAAAUUAAAUAAAGCUGAUUGGUCAAGUAUGAGGUAUAAACAUGAAAAGUCAACAGUUAAGGAUAGAAAUGAGUGAAUACAUUAUUUAUGUUAUGGAACAAACCCAUUAUUUACACACAGAGGACAUAUAGCAAAAAAAAUGGAAAAAAAGUAGAGAAGAGAAAAAUACUUGCAACAGAAAAGCUGUGAAAAGCUACAGAUAAAAAUUUAAAGUCAUUGUAGAGCAGAUCAGAAUGGAACCAUAAAUAAAGGAAUGCUACAGCAUCAGGAAUAGAAGUGACCAAGGAAGUUCUACAAGAAAAACAGCAACAAACUGACACUAUUACAAUUUGUAAAGAAGCAAUGCCCCAAGAAAAAAAUGAGGUCCUAUGGUACAGUAGUUAUGCAAAAAUAAAAAAAGUUGCAACAAAUAUGACCACUGUAACUUCAAAGAUAUUUGAAGAGUUUGUGACUGUUAAGCCUUCUGCUACUUAUAUACACAUUAAAGUGGAUUACGGAAAAGGGAAUAUAGUUGAUAGGAAAUAUAGGAUUUUUUCUGCCUGUCUUAUGAAAACCAUAACAACUGAGAGUAGCUCGAUCUUGGCAAUAUAACUGGAGUAAUAGAAAUAUAGAGUUUAGAGUAGUGACUGAGAGGGCUACAGGAAUCUUGGUGUGUAGAGAGUUAUCUGGCUGUAUAGUGUUGUCUUACAAGGUUGCAUUUUCAUCAUGAUGGUAAGUAUGCUAAUGAAAAAAUCAGAAUGGAUCCUUACACUGCUGCGUUGAACUGUACUGGCUGUAUAAAGUAGAGAGAGGCUUCCAUAAGCUUUGGCCAAUCACAUACAUAUGCAGGUCUGCAAUAGUUUUAACCAGUGAAGAAAAUAAGUUGAACAUGCCAUCCUUAUUCAGACUAGCAGAAACCUAUCAGAAAGUAGCAGAUACGGAAAUCAUUCCAGAGAUGGACAAAAGACAGGUAGAAAUGGAAUGUCAAAAAGACUAAAAAUUGUGUCCAGAAAAAAAAACAAAAAUCUCCUAUUUAUGUUGGCAAAUAUAGAACAUUAUUGUAAUAACUGCAUAUUUAUCAAGAGACAGUGUAUGCUAGUUUUCAAAAUAUACAGAAAAAAUGGGAGAGGUACACUGUUAUUGAUUUAGCAGUAGAUAAAUUGUUGGUUGUACAUUCAUUACUGGAUGUGAUAUUUUCAAAGCUGAGGGUCUCUAUAUUGAAAGAAGCAAUAAUUGGGCAAGAUUGUUACACUGAGGCUUGUGCAAACACUACACUGAUAAAGGUACCUAAAAAUCAUUGGAAAUGUGAACCAGGAAGAAAUAAUUAUCACAUGGGACCAUCAAGUACUCAAAAAGAAGAAGCAAGAAACACAGAUAUUGUACUUUUAAGGGAAAAAAGGUUAAGCUAGCAGCCACAGUGCCGUACAUAGAGAUAAAUUUAUAAAAUAUCAAGAUACGCAAGGGGAAACUACAGCAAUGUGAAACGGGGACACCCAGCUUAGCUCUAAGUGUGCUAAUAAAAUAUAAUUUAUAAGCAUAAAUAAAAAUGUUGUCAAUACAUGAUGCAGUAUGAACACCAGAAGACUGCAGUGCUAGUUUCACUGUGGAUGUUGAGAACAUUACUCUUGGCAAUGGGAUCUAUUCUGUGCCAGGAAUAAAAACCCUAUAUAUUUCAAGAUAUUUGGAGAAAUUAGAAAAGGAAGAAUUGAAGCACUUAAGUUAUCCUGUCUCUAUCAAUAUGAUGGAAAAUAGAAGAAAAACUCAGGUGUACAGAGAGGAAUAAACAAAAAAUACAGAAUGAACCACUCAUUGAUAACCCACAACGUUUAUAGAAAACUGUGAAGGAAAAUGAGAAUCCUAGUCAAGAAUUAUUUGAACAUAACAAAGGUACAGUAAAAAUGCUAUUAUAGAGGAUAAGAAAUGGAAUGAAACAAUAGUGAAAUUCAGACAAAAUUAAGAAAGGGGAUUUUUCAUUUAAAGUCAAGUUCAGAUAUUGUACUCAACUUGCAGCUAAAGGUAUCAAUAGUUUUAUAGCAUGAUUUAGCCCUACGUAUCUCUGACAACAGCAUGAGUACCAACAAGAAAAUAUAUACUGUUCUAUAAAACUAAAUCCACAAGCCAUUCAUGCUGACAACAGGAGUUGUAUGUUUUGGAAGGCAGGUUAUCAGAAUUAAUGUAGAUACAGUUAAUGGUCAAUUAUCCAAGCAUUUAGUCAUGGCAGUGGAACAGAAAGAGUUUGAAAGAAAAUUACUUAUAGCCAGAGAUCCAUCCAUCCUCAACCUCUUUUUCCCAUUUUGCACAUGGGGCCAGGGUGUCACUUCAACAGUGACAAUAAUCUCGAGCCAAGGUUCACACCAGUGAGUAAACUGUAAUAACAGCUGUAAAAAGGGGGUGUGGCCAAGUACAGCACAGAUUAAUUCUAAAAAAAUGACUGUGUGUAUCAGUUUAAAGAAAGUGUAAUUGUAUUGUUUUUCAUGAAAAUGUGGUUGUUUAUAUAUAAAAUGUAAAGCAUUGAAAUUUUUAAAAAUUGCUAAAUUGCUUUCAGUAGAAAGGCAGUAAAAUUGUUGUGCUGUUCAAGAAAGAAAGAAAUCAAAGAUAUGUAUUAGCUUAUUUGGAUAUUGGCUUCUCGAACUCUGUCUCAGGCCCCUCCCAGAGCAAGAAGACUGAAAACAUGAAAAGUAUCAUCUAAAACUUUUAAACCAUAUGAAUGACUACCCCUUGGACUCUUGAGAGAGAGAAAGCAUUUGUCAAGAAAAAUGCUUUUUUAAUUCUGGACUUUGCAAUUACAUUGUACUGUUGAACAAACUCAAAAUGGAUUCUGCUGUGCCUGUGGAAUUGAGUUUCUACUAUCAGGAUAUCUAAGUCAGAGGUAGAUAGACAAUUCAGUAUAUCUUUUUACCUCCUGACAUAUACAAGUAUUGAUAAGUUAUUGGAUGUUUUCUUUGUAUCAUCACGAUUUUAUUGCAUUUAUUUUAUAUUUUCCUCUUGCAAGUCUGAAGCUGCUUAUGUACAAAAUUUUUCAAAAUGAGUUAAUUUUCUUCUUUUCUAGUAAAAAUAUUUAUUAUUCAGUUGUAAA